AUGAAUAAAAUAAAAUUAAAAUUUAAGACACAUUCAUUAAAAUUAGAUUUUAAAAAAAGAACAUUGUACGUUAAUAAAGAAAAUAACCAUAUAACAUAUAAUGCAUUAAUAAAAAAUCAAAUUUUACCAUUAUCAGUUAAAUAUAACUUAUUAGAAAAAGGUUCUAUUUCUUAUGAAUUUAAUGAUAAAAAUCCAUUAUCUUUAAUUCCUACUAGUCAUAUAAGAAAUAAAUGUUUAUUAACUGGUAGAUCUAGAGGUAAUUUACCUAAAUAUGGACUUUCUAGAAUAAUGUUUACAGAAUUAGCUUCAGAAGGGUUAAUACCUGGAAUGACAGUAAAGAAUAAAAUAUAA